AUGUCAAUUGACGAGCUGUUGGAUUUUGAGAAAAGAUUCGAAGAAUACGCGGAACCGUCUCGAUAUUAUCCAAGUGAAGAUAUCAUUGCAUCAUGCUGUUGUCUCGAUUAUUGCAAUUUAUUCAUUUCAAGGUGAGUUUAAAAAUUUAUCUAGAUCAUAAUAGAAAUUCAACAAAUUUUAUUCAGAUCCACUAUUUUGCAAGCUAGAUCGAAAUAUGUAGAAUUUGCGGCAAAAUUGAAGAAUACACCGAAACAAACAGUAGGUUAUCAUUUUGUUUUGAGAUUUUGAAAAGUGUAUGUGUUCAGAUUCGAAAUUUGUUCUUGGAUACAGUUAUAAAAGAGCAAACUGACGGAACUUAUAAAAUAAUUUAUUCGAUUCCGGCCUGUUUUAAUAUGUAUGCUCGUAUUUUUGGUAUGUCUUUCAGUAAUUUUAUCGAUUGCAAUGAUGGGAACAUGUCAAAAUUAAGAAAAGGAUCAAUAUAUCAGAAAACAGUGGACAAGUUGGGAAAAACUAUAAAAGUUUUGAGUAACUUUUGUCAGUUUCAUCCAUGUGGCGGCCUUCUUCUUCCACCAGAUUUCAAUGAACGAAUGUGUAUGAUGCCAAAAGGAUCAAUGAUGCCAACUCGAACUUUGAGAAAGUAUAUAAAAUCAAAAAUAAAAAGACGAAAGGCCGAUUUGCUUCUUCGCUGCACAACUUGUAUUUCACUGAAGCACACAAUUCGAACAUAUGGUGGAAGAACGAUGAUAGCAGCCUAUAAAAAAUUGAAAGCUCAUUACUCGUUUGUAAAUCAUGAACGAGGAACACUGGAGGCGCUCGCGGAGAUUUCACGUGAUGAAUCUUCAGAUAUCACUCUUAUCAAGUGUGAUGGCAUGUCAAAUCGAUUCAGCAAGCUGCCACUAAUGAUUUCUCGACCGAAAACGAUUGGAGAUGCCGAUAGGAUUGCGGUGAAAUUGGAUACUUGUCAGCUUGCUAGAAAUACAGGUGCAGUGUUUUGAAACUCUUCACGAAUCAUUUUUCUUUAAAUGAACUAUAUUUCAGAUACAAAUGCUUACAAAAAUUACGACUACAUCGCAUUGAAUGGAAAGUAUCAAUGUGAUUCCUCAUAUAUACUUUCGCUGUUAUUCGACACAUUGUCGAAAGUAAAUACACCCAACACCGUUUUGGAGUAACCUUUUUUUUUUAGAUCAACAAAAUCGGACCUCAUCUUGUAUUAGUUUUUGAUGGAUGUGCUACAAACAGAAGCGAAGUUCUAUUUGGUGGAUUAUGUGUGCUGUUAGCAAAGUCACAAAUCGUGAAAAAGGUAUUUGAAAAAUCAAAUUUGGAGACAUGAAAAAUAAUUUCUAUUUUAUCAGAUAACUGUUCUUUAUCAAACGACAGGCCAUUCACACAACUCGGUAGACUCGCAUUUUGGUGUACUUUCCAAAAAACUCAGAAAAAUCGAUGCAUAUGAUCCGAACGGUUAGUUUUUUCUCUUUAAAUUUAAAAUUAACCUUGAGAUUUUUGACAGUUUUUUUUUCAGAUUUUGCGAACACUCUUCGAUCCAUCGACUCUGUGUUUGAUGUUAUCGAAGAUCACACAGUUUAUGAUUUCAGCGAGUUAUCCACACACACCAUCAAGUAUAAAUACAGAACGACUAACCAUCAAUUCAUUUUUCGAAAAGUGAAUGGUGAGCUUCAAAAACUUCAUUUUGAAAGUAAAAAGAUUUUUUCCAGAUAAAAUGGUUUGGAGCACUGCCAAAUUCAUAAAUAGUAAUAUGAUAUUCGAAUCAGACAAUUUUCAGAAUUCGUUUCCUGUUUUCCAGGUGGGUUUAAUUACUUCAAUAAAACAGUAACAAAAUGCCGUUGUUUUUAGGAUACAUUUGAUCCAUCAAAUUUUUGGCCAAAAAUUCGUAAAAGUAAUUGCACGGCAUCAACGAUGCUUUUGGCUAAUCUGAUCAAAGUUUGCGGUGGAUUUUUAUCUCAAAUGAAUCGGGAAGAAUUUCGAAAUCAUAUCAAUAAGUAUGGAAAAACCACGUUUAGAAGAACAAUUAAUCUGAUUGAAAAUUCCAUACGAAAAGGAAUGGAAAUGGAUGACGAUGAAGAGGAGACGGCAACCUCGAUUAUUACAUAUUUAAAAUCGCUUGAUUUCAAAACAGUUCGAGCACCAUGUGAUCCAAUUAUUCCAUAG